UCAAUUUUAUAUACUUUUUGUUGUCCUCUGCUUUUCUCUUUGUCCUCUUUGCUUUGGAAAGCAAAAGCGAUCAUCGUCUCCAAUAAUACGAUGAGCAUGUGAGAAGAAGUUGAGUGACGACCACCGUCGAUGAUGAACAACACGAUGGCUGAGGCUGAGUACGCGAGGUGUAAAACGUCGGUUUGGUGGGACAUAGAGAACUGUGCAGUUCCCAAGGGUUGUGAUGCUCAUGGGAUCACUCAGAAGUUAAGCACAGUGCUGGCUGAUAUGAAUUAUUGUGGUCCUCUAUCUAUCUCUUCUUAUGGCAACACAGAUCUCAUCCCUAAAGCUAUCCAACUAGCUCUCUCCUCCACUGGAAUCUCUCUUAACCAUGUCCCCUCCGGAAGGAAAGAUGCGAGUGACAAGAAGAUUCUGGUGGAUAUGUUUUUGUGGGUGGUGGAGAAUCCUCCCCCGGCUAAUAUAAUGCUUAUCUCCGGUGACAUAGACUUCUCUGAUGCUCUUCACCGGCUGCGAAUGAGGAGAUACAACAUUCUUCUAGCACACCCUCAAAAAAUUUCACCUUCCCUGGUUGCUUCUGCAAAGACCUCAUGGCUCUGGAGAAGUUUAUUAUUAGCAAGUGGAAGUUCUCUCACACGGUGUGGAUCCUCAGGGGUACUAGAGAGUUCUGAAGUAUCUAGUGAAGAUGUUUCUGAACAUGUUUUGUCCACACAACCGGUGGAUUCAGGGUCUGGUUCUAGUAAGGAUCCGCGAAGUAAACUCAAAGGAAUAUAUGUUCCGAAAGCACCAAAUCAGCUCUUGGUAAAGGAGACGAAAGGAAAGAAGCCUCAUGAGAAAUGUGGUGGAAGUGUUCAAAACAGUGACAAAGAUUCUUUGAAGUGCUUGGAGAAACAGAACAAGGAACUGACGGAGUCCAUUACAACAUCUGAAAAAAGUGGAAGAGAGUUCUCGCGUAAAGAAAGGCUAGACAGUGAUGGUGAAGCUCCUCUCAAUGUGGAUCAGGUCGACAGUGAACUAAGCCGCGACUUUCAUGUCCCCAAAGAAGUGAGAGAGUAUUUUGAUGCAAUCCCCAUGAAAGUCGAACCUACACAAAAUGAGAUUGUGAUGGAGGAGUUGGAAGGCAUGCUCAGACAGGUCUUGCAAAUAAAGCCAGGUGAGCCACCUGCAGGCCCGAGUGAGAAUCUCGAGGAGGACAUGAACAACGACAAGAAGAAGAAAAGGAGGAAAAAGAAGAAGAGUGCAGUGAUUGAAGAAGAUAAAGCUGAAGAAGAACCAUAUGUUUGCAGUCUUUGCAGUGUCAUUUGUGAUAGUCCUGCCAUAUUCGAGUCUCAUCUUAAGGGACGUAAGCAUGCUGCUACGAUUAAGAAUCACGCAGAGGUAGAGGCUCUGCUUGAUGAUAAUCAAAUACAAGAGGCACCUGAGGACAUCGACGACUUAGAUAAGCAAAGGAAGGAGAUGCUAUUAGAGAGAUGUGGCAUCUAUGAGUGGAGUGUUGGAGAAUUUUCUCAAGCUUUUGAAGACGUUCUAGAGAAUGAUUACACAUCUCUUCCUAGAGAAUGGAUUGAUGCCAUUUUCAACACACCAGAGCUUUCACAAGAUGCAAAUCUAACCCUGGAGUUUGAGAGUAUGCUAAACCAAAGACUGGAGAUGAACUCAGGCGACUAUGAAGCAGUCACCGAGCAUCCAGAGGAGUUCAAGGACAAGGUGAGUAAAGAUAAAGCUGAACCUGAAGCAUAUGUGUGUAGUAUCUGCAGUGUGGUAUGCGUUUGUCCAAUAGUCUUUGAGUCUCAUCUGAUGGGUCGAAAGCACGCUGCUAAGGUAAAGAAACAUGCAGAGGUUCUCUUUGAUGAUAAGAAGAUUCUAGAAGAAAGCCUUAAAGAAAAAGAUCACCCAAGAGACGCACAAGAGAGUAUCAAAGAAGUUAGUCAGAUCACUAAAGAACCCAAAGAAGCAAGGGAAAGACUUGACUCAGUCGUUUCACUAGAGGAUACGUUGUCAAAGCAGACGGUGGUUGAGGCUGGAAGCACAUCUGAGCGUGUGGAGGAGGAGAAAGGGACUCAAACUAGGGUUUGCGGUUGGUGCAACGUGACGUGCUCUUCCCAGAUGGAUUUUUAUUCUCAUCUGACAGGUAAGAAGCAUGCUGCCACUGUGAAAAAGUAUGAACCGGUUGUGAAGAAGCAAGCUGCCGUGGUGAAGAAGCAAGCUGGGACCAAAUUUGCUUAUGUUAGAAAGAAUGGGCCUUAAGUGGCCCUUUGUAUUUUCCCGCCCUUAAUAAACGGGCGCUUAACAUUAUCCACUGUUUGCUAAUGGGCCUCUUAAGGUUCAUCAUUAUGGUUCUAUCUCGAGUUUGAUUCAUAUUUUCUUGUAUGCUUUUGGACGAGAUUCUACUAGUUAAAUAAUAAAAAAAUAAUGUGAUGAAUCAGCA